UGAAUGACGUAUGUGAAGUAGCACGAAGAGUUUUCGUGCAAGGUGCUAGUGCCCGUGUUGUGCGCUAAAGGAAAUCACGGCCCGAAUCUGUCCGUAAAUAAGUUGUUACAUGAGAGAAACUAUAAAUGGCAAAACUAUGUAUUCUUAUUGCAUGUGAAUGAAUAUAUUAGAGAUUAGCGAAGGUGAUAAAAAGUUUUGCCGAAAUCGUAAUCUGGUGCGCUAGUGAAGCGGGUGUGCGGCGGUAGUUGAGGGGUUACGCUAUGAUAUAAGAAAAAUGGUUAUGGGAUACUGAAGUGACGAAAGCAUCAAUUAGAACUUUGAUAAACUUGUUGUUUCGUGCUAUUGUUGCCAAGCUGACUGAUGUGCUCUUAUUUGUGCUCUUCAAAACCGAAAAAAAAAAACAAGCCUGAACGGUUGUGUGCUCACGAAAGCUCUUAUCUCCAAGAUUGUAGUUUACGAAGACAUCUAUUGUGGUUCGAAAUUCAGAACGAAUAGUCAUUCAAUGAAGCAUCGCAAAGAGUCAGCUAUAUUGUAAAAUAUCGCUAUCAUCAAUCGUCGACCAGCGAAAAGCUCUGCGAUGGUAAAACCAUCAACGAGGAGGAAUCAUAGCUAGCCAAUAAUUGUAGUCUGCGUUCUAAGGGAAAUAUUCAGUCGCGGCGUCUCUUUCAUUCCACCUGAACGCCCUCUUGUGUGCAGCGUCUAGAUGUGCUUGCGCACAACAGACAAGCAAGUCGUCUGCAGCGUCAGAACAAACUAAUGGAACUGCCUCUUUCGGAGUAGUCCACCAUAGAAAUGAUUGUUACAUUUAACGAAUAACAACCCUCGUCUACCCACCACUAUCGUCGUAGGAGGAAAUACAGAGAUUUACGCUCACAAAGGAUUUUACUAGCAUCGUACACAAACUGUAUAAGUACCGCUCCCACUGCAGCAGAACCUAAAAGAACCGUUGCUGACAUAGCCUUUGGUCUGGCUUUGAACCCACUAGCUCGAUUUUCAACAGCAACAGCUCGAGUCCACCGCGCGCACGUCAAGGGGACAGGCGUAACCCCCUUUGUGACAUUGGUUCUUGCCUCCACCUAAAGCGAAGGACUACUUUGCGAACCAUCGGUAGAGGGCAAGCUGCACCAGGUGCCUGUAACAAAGUUGCUGCUGUUACAACUACCGUUAGUCUUGGUGCCGCCAUUGAAACGAACCACAACGUGUCGCGAAAGCUUCAAGACGAGUCUGAGACAUCGUGGCAGGUGAACGAAUCACUCGAGUUCACCCUCAUCGGAAACCCUAGGGGUCGUAGUGCUGCCUGUAUGGGUAUGGGUUCGAUGGAGUGGGAUGCGAAACACGCUACCUGCUAUACAAAAUGGCACACAAGCGACCAGGACAAUGUCGAUUUACAACUAUCACCAUCGCCGACCACAUUGACGCACGUUGUUCGGCCCAGAAGACGCAGAACUUUUACAAGCCGCGAUUACUGGCCCGCCAGUUAUCGAGGCAUGAUGGUCAAAGCGUUAUGGGUAUUUUGUGUAUUCUGUCUUGGCCUCAUACUAGGUUACUCGACCCGACGGCAGAUUCAGCUGAGAAGAGGUAGUUUCACAGGCGAACCUGGAUCUUGCGAGGACCUUCCGCCACAGUUGAGCCUUUACCCACGUGAGGGUCUCAUUAGGAAGCUAGUCAAAUCUGUUAGCAGAGACAACAUACACAGCUGGUUAUGGACUAUGACACGUGAGUUCCACGUGGGCGGUUCGGACAAAGGUGCCACGUUGGCUAGCAAGAUACGAGCCGCAUGGCAGACUCAGGAACUACAAGGACUACGAAUUGAAGAGUUUCGUCCGUUGCUAUCCUAUCCAGAUAUGGAACGGGCAAACGAGGUUCGACUUACGAGAGGGUCUAGGGUGUUAUUCCAGUUGACCACCACGACGCGGGACAAUCAACUAGAAACUCAGCCAUACGUGGCAUACUCGUCACCGGGAAAGGUACGGGGUAAGCCGGUCUAUGUGCACUUCGGCCAGCCUGAGGAUUUUGAUAUGUUAAAGUCGCGAGGAGUUACGUUAAACGGAACGAUAGCCAUUAUGCGCUAUGGAAAAGGUGAACUGCUGGCAAAGAUUAAGAGAGCCGAGGACAACGGCGUUAAAGGUGUCCUUAUUUAUGGUGAUCCACUCGAUACCGAAUGGGAAUCAGUAGACCCGCUGGAGUCAGGCAGCCCCCCAGUUCCGUGGGAUGCGGUCGAACGGGCGAGUCUCAAGUCAUUUCCCGGGGAUCCAGCGACCCCAUUUCUUCCCGCCAGCUCCGACAUGCACCGUCUCCCACGAGCCGACGUCCAAUUACCCGCUAUACCGGUGCAGCCGAUCAGCGCUGGAGAUGCUCAGCAUUUCCUUCGCGACAUGGGAGGACCUGUCGCUCCGGUCCAAUGGCAAGGCCGACUCAAUAUUACCUUUGCUUUUGGGCCUGGUUAUAAAGAUGCUGCGGAAGUCGAAAUUCAGCUGUCCUCAUUCAAUCUCUUUAGAGAGAUGGCAGUUCACAACGUCAUCGGACUUAUUCCCGGUACAUACGAGCCAGGGCGUUACCUUAUCAUUGGUUGUCAUCAUGACGCUUGGACACAUGGAGCCGCAGAUCCAGGAACCGGAAUGGCUGUCCUGAUGGAAGUAGCACGCAUGUUCUCUGACCUGGUUCGCAUCGAGGGUUGGCGACCGAAACGAACUUUGGUAUUCGCCGCCUGGGACGCUGCCGAAUUUGGCCAGGUCGGUAGCACGGAGUUUGUGCAAAAAUACGGGCAAGAGUUGGGUCAACGGAUCAUUGCAUAUAUCUCAUUGGAUCGCGCGAUAACAGGAAACCGAACUUUACAAGUGAUGGGCAGCCCACUUCUCCGACAGGUUCUCAGUGAGGCGGCGGAACAGGUACCAGAAGUCGGAUCACCUGAAGCGGAAAGUCGAGACGACGAUAAUGGCGCUGAUGGAAGACGUGUCGCUGGCGAAAAAAAAACGGAGAAGGAUGGGACAUCGGAUGCUGGCCAGGGGCGGUUAUACUCACGUCCUGCGAGUUCCCCCAUGCAAUCCAAUCCUCCAAGUCUCUAUGCAAGCUGGGCAAGACGGGGUACUUUGCGUCCAUCAAAUAUACGCAACCCUCGACCUGAAAUGAGUCCCCCGGCUGGCGGUUGCGCAGAUUUGUUGCCGUUCGCCCAGCUCCUGGGCACCUCUACCGUCCACGUUCAGUUGGUUGCGCGAGACGGUCGUUAUGAUUACCCUGCGGCGCGCACAGCCUAUGACGAUCUCGACUAUUUGAUUGGAUACGCCGAUCCCGGACAGCAUGCUGCUGCCGCGCUUGCACAACUCGUGGCCGUCUUUUCGCUGGCUCUCAUCGAUAGCCUUCGACUUCCAAUUAAGGUAACCGACUAUGCCGAGCAGAUUUCGGCUGACUUUGCGCCAUUUCAACGUCGGUAUGGCGAGUUCUUUCGCUCGUAUCAUUUACGAAUGGACGUUUUAGCGGCUGCAGUGAGAGCAUUUACGAUUGCUUGUAGGGAUUUUCAAGAAGAAUACGAGGACAUUGUUAAGGACCAACAAACACUGGCCCCUACGACCGUCGCGGAGUACAACGAACGAGUUAUGCAACUCGAACGGAGCUUCCUAUUACCGGCCGGUUAUCCUCGUCACCCUCACCAGCGGCACCUCGUUUACGGACCAGACAAUGAAGACGACAGUCGGGGCGCGCUAUUCCCUCACUUAGUCGUUGCAAUUCGACAGGCGCGCAAGAGGCCCACUUCUCCGGCACUCAGUUACGUACGAGAAAAUCUCUCGUUAGUCCUUCACGCCCUGAGGUCCGCCUCGGGGGUGCUAGAUCGGAGCCUCCUGCGUGUGCCGGAAGGUACGACUUCCCCGAGGUCAACAAGCUAGAACGGAAGCGGCAGUUCAGGAAGGACGUCUGCUUCGCAGCAGCCUUCGAUUAUAGUAACAGGAGCCAUUCAAAUUUCCAUCAGUCUAGAGCACCCUUGUUAGAAAGAAACUGAUCCUUGUUAAUCCAGAAACUCUGCUGGACAGAUCGUCGCAGUAGAUUAAAUAACUGAUGCCCGCGAUUCAAAAUGGCGCAGUAACUUUGCUGAUGAUGUUCGUUGAUUUCAGAGCGAAGGCAGUCAUAGACGGUAUCCCUGAUCGGCGUCGGGAGCGUAUAAAUUUGUUAGGGAAACAGCGUCGUCUAAACCUAAGUGAAUUUAAUUUAGAAUCAGUAUUGGGUUAAAUGCCUGGUCGGUCGGUUAAAGCGGAAUAUAUCUGGGACAAUCAUAGAGCAUCUCUUAUUCCAUUUACGAAAAAUGUUUCAACCCAAAAAAUCGACCGAUCUAUUGUCUCCAGUUAGUUAAUAUGAUGAUAGUAAUGAUAAUUAUGGCUCUUAUAGUAACGGGAAUUAACGAAAUGAAGAUAGCAGCAAUGGCGGGAUGGCUCAAUUUUAAUUAGCACUUCAGUAAAGUAUACUAUCGAAUCAACAAUUAUCAGAAUAAGUUCCAAGUAGCCUGCAACAGGCCUUCUUUCUAUCUAAACAAAAGCCACGUUCAGGUGUGCGCGUGCUGGCAGCUUUAACAGCGCACGAUUCCUGCGUGCCGAAUGACUCAGGAAUAGCAAACUACAAAUAGUCACUAGUAAUGAUAAUCUGUUCCAGUUACGGGUCGUUUUAGAUAGAAGAACACACAAACUGAUAUCAGUACAAUCUUGUGAGCGAAUACUAGAACGGAUGUCAAUUUUGGGUCAGGGAGUUGGGUUCAAUGUAAAACGGCAAGCGUUUGUCUAGUCGCUGUUCUACUGUACAAAUGAAUGAAUAAAAUGUUACUGGACUGUUCGCUUCAUGGAUUAUGAUCAAACAUAAGCGAGUGUCUGAAGCGAAAUACAGAAACGUUAACAGGUACGCUGACGUUAACUGUUUUUCUCCUAUACGUAUACAGUCACACACACACACAUCUAUAUAAGAGUUGACUUUUUGUUCGUAAUUUGCCCUUACUCCGAUAAUGAUCUGAAGCUUUUUGGAUACCUUCUAUUUGUUUAGAUUACAUCUUAGCGCGCCAUUCGUCUCAUUAGAUGGCCUAAAACAUGUGCUACAACAACCGAAACGAUCAAAAUAUAAAGUUAAUUUAUUUACUGCUUCAAUUUGCAUAUAUAUACAUAUAUAUUUUUCAUACACUGAUUAUACGAGUCUAGUAAGGGGUUAACAGUAAAGAAAGAUGAGAAAAAAAAAUGGCCGCUUCUGCGAGUUACGUAAAACGCA